UGUGUCAUCUGUGGAAGAAAAUUUUUUCGUGUUUUUUUCUGGGUGUAGGCUUGUGUUUUUGGCGAAAUUACCCCUGAAAAUGGAGUAAUUCGUUGUUGCGCGUUGUGAAAAAGUUGCCGCGGAUCGCUGCGAUCACAGUGUAACCCGUGUUGAUAAGCAGCGAGAGAGCUAUCUGGAUCCGGCUGCGGUCCACGGGGUGGGGGGAUUGGUUAGGCAGCGACGGUUGGUCGGUCGGGCGGGUUUUUUUUUCCACAAUCAGAGACAGCUUCCGCCGCUGCUGCUGGUGAUUCUCUAUCUCGACGAGGAGAACUAGAUUUCUUCGUCUUUGCUUUGUGUGAAAAGAAGAGGCCGGCCGGUUGAUCAAGAUGAUUGGUGGACUGUUCGUGUACAAUCAUAAGGGCGAGGUGCUGAUAUCGCGCGUCUACCGGGAUGAUAUUGGCCGCAACGCGGUCGAUGCAUUCCGCGUGAACGUCAUCCAUGCCCGCCAGCAGGUGCGCUCUCCGGUGACGAACAUUGCCCGUACGAGCUUCUUCCAUAUUAAGAGAGCGAAUAUCUGGCUGGCGGCGGUCACGAAGCAAAAUGUGAACGCGGCAAUGGUGUUUGAGUUUCUGCUCAAGAUCAUCGACGUGAUGCAGUCGUACUUUGGCAAGAUCUCCGAGGAGAACAUCAAGAACAACUUUGUGCUGAUCUACGAGCUGCUGGAUGAAAUUCUGGACUUUGGUUAUCCGCAAAACUCGGACACCGGCGUGCUGAAGACGUUCAUCACGCAGCAGGGCAUCAAGACGGCCACGAAGGAGGAGCAGGCGCAGAUUACGUCGCAGGUGACGGGCCAGAUCGGUUGGCGCCGCGAAGGCAUCAAGUAUCGGCGCAACGAGCUGUUCCUCGAUGUACUCGAGUACGUGAAUCUGCUGAUGAGCCCCCAGGGACAGGUACUGUCGGCUCAUGUGGCCGGCAAGGUCGUGAUGAAGUCGUACCUGUCCGGUAUGCCGGAGUGUAAGUUCGGUAUCAACGAUAAGAUCGUGAUGGAGGCGAAGGGUCGCAGCGGAAUCUCGGGCAAUGCGGACAACGAAGCGUCACGAUCGGGCAAACCGGUGGUCGUGAUCGAUGACUGCCAGUUCCACCAGUGCGUCAAGCUGAGCAAAUUCGAGACGGAACACUCGAUCAGCUUCAUUCCGCCCGAUGGUGAGUUCGAGCUGAUGCGCUACCGUACGACCAAGGACAUUUCACUGCCGUUCCGUGUGAUACCGUUGGUUCGGGAGGUUGGCCGAACCAAGAUGGAGGUGAAGGUGGUACUGAAGUCAAACUUUAAACCAUCGCUGCUGGGUCAGAAGAUCGAGGUGAAGAUUCCUACGCCGCUCAACACCUCCGGCGUGCAGCUGAUCUGUCUGAAGGGAAAAGCGAAGUACAAGGCCUCGGAGAAUGCAAUCGUAUGGAAGAUUAAGCGUAUGGCCGGCAUGAAGGAAACGCAACUUUCGGCCGAAAUCGAACUACUUGAGACGGAUACCAAAAAGAAGUGGACUCGACCGCCGAUCUCGAUGAACUUCGAAGUACCGUUUGCACCGUCCGGAUUCAAGGUUCGUUAUCUGAAGGUGUUCGAACCAAAGCUGAACUACUCCGAUCACGAUGUGAUCAAAUGGGUGCGAUACAUUGGCCGCAGUGGACUCUACGAAACUCGAUGCUAAAUACGUUCGACGGCAAUUUUCUGUUUUCUGUAUUCUUUAAUUCGCUCGGAUAUGGAUCCAACCCCGACAGUAGUAGUGUUGCGAAAGCGGAGGGAGGGGUCCCCCUCGAUAUUCUAGGACAAUGAUUUUCGGGCGGAAACACGCGGCAUACUGUAAACCACCGCCGGAUGGUUUCAGUUGUAAUCGUGGAAGCUCACACUCGAACGAAGUACGUCACUUCUCCGCCAGUUUUCUCUCUAUCACGUCAGUUAGCUUAAGAUUAGUGGAAAGAGGACACAUUCAAAGCACACACUCACACACAUCCGGUCAGUCAGCUAUUCCGUUUGGUUGUUUCUUUUCGGCUGGCUGGAAAUGAUUUUUGUUUUGUUUUUCCUUUUUGUCGGAUUUCAUUGAAAAAAAAGCGAUCUAGAAUCAGUGUGGCAAAUGAUAACAGUGUUAAGAAGCAACAAUGCGGUACUGCCAUAUGCUGGGCAGUGCGUUAAUGAUUAAACGCAGAAGCAAAAGUCAAACGCUUGACGCGUUCAGUAGUGAAGGUGAUGUGCAAUAGCAAUUGAUAUCGUUGCAGCAUCAGGAGCAGCAUCUUACAGGCAAAACGAUAAAUCUUUCGAUAGGUACCGAUCCUUGCUAUCUUGUUUUUGCAUAAGCAGCAAUGAAUGCAUGCACCAGCAGCAUGUGCACGUGCUUUUGAAUGCGAAACGGAAUACACCUUUACACAGACGCGAACACACACACAUCGAAACGCGUACGAAUCUCGCACGAUCAAGGGGGAUUAAUUAAAAUGGUUCAUUAUUGUCCCGAGCAGAAGAGGCUGCCGUCGAUGAACGAAUACUUGAUUGAAGAGGAAGACAAGGAACGGAGUGAUCACUUCUGUACAUAUUUGCUACCUGACUCGUCAUUCAUUCCAACAAUGCUGUUUAGACGAUUUUCUUAGUCGCUUAUUAUGUUGCGCUUUCGUGCAUUUUUGUCCUUCUUCCUUGGAGUGAGUAUUAGAACAAAUUUUGUUUAUUAAUGUCUGGGAAGACUCUGAAAUAUGUCCCAUCCUUCCAUACUAUUCCACACACAAACACAAUCAGCAGCAGCGCGGUGACUGUUUAGAAGAAUUAAUAUCCUCCUCUUACGUUGAUUAAAAUUGAUUUCACGGCUGAAACACAUGCAGAUGUGCAUCGUAGGCUUUCCUUCCUGAUUUGCUGCUAUCAUUUUCAUUCAAUAAUCAAACCGUUUCCCAUAAAAUUGAUGGUUUAGUGUCCGUUACACUAAAAGAGAUGCUAAGAAAGGAGUUAAAUAGAAAAGAAGAAAAUAUCCAUCGUACGAUCAUUAGCCAUACACGAGCAGAAAACGUGUGACCGUAAAGAGUAUGAGACGAAGAGAGAGAGAGGGAAAGAGGGAGAGCUGGAUGGUAUAAAUCUACUAUUUAAAUAUACAUACAUAUAUCUCUAAACUUAUCAUCGCCAAUCAUGAAACAGAAUUCUUAGCCGUACGCGCCGCAUUUCUCUUCCGUUUUCCUGCGUCGUGCCGAAUCGGGGACCGGAUGUACGAGUGCUUCUAUAUUCAGCGCCGGUUGCCGACUGCCGCUUACUCAUCGCAUAGCAUUAUUUACGGUGCAGUAGAAGAUCCACCGCGUGCGUGCGUGCGUGCGCGCGCUAUCCGCUGUGUGUUAUCGAAAUACAAACGAUAUCGCGAUAUCGGAAAGAGAAGGGUUAGGCCAGAGUAACCAAUAAUUCAAUGACAUGAAAUCAGUGUGCGCGUGUCGGCGCUUAGUACAGUGCACGACGAAACAGUGUGUAGUGCGUAAUAGAAAAGCAUAUAUAUAGUUCGUGGCAUCGUUAGCAACACUAU